AUGGCGCCAUCGCAUGAAGAGCUCGUUGCUCAUCGCGACGACCGUCGUUUCCGCGAACUCUACCGCUACUUCCAACCCACAAACCCUGCCGCCGCUCUCUACAAACAAUAUGUCCCAGCUACCGAGGAAUCUCCCGUUUUGGAGACCUCGGAUCCUAUUAUACCUACAGUCGAAGGCACCGCAAACCCACUGGCGGUGUCAUUGAUGCCCCCUCAAGAGGAUUUGGCCAGCCCCAAUACCAUAUUGACAUCUUUUGCACAGCUGGCGGCUCACAAAUUAAAUGUCGAGCGAGCUAUUAUUUGUGUUUUGGGCCGCGACACAGAGUAUAUCUUAGCUGAAGCUGCUCGUGAUGAACAAACUAGUUCUCAACGCCUGUGGACCGGACAUGGCAGUGAUGGGCGUUUCGGUCCAAAGUUAAACCUGAACACAGUAGCACUUCCAGCAUCUUCAAAAACAGAAGCCCACUAUCAAAUCAUCAAUGACUUAUCCGCCGAUGAACGGUAUGCAGACCAUCCAUUUGUGUCUGGUACUCCUCAUUUUCGUUUCUACGCUGGCACUCCUUUAACUACGGAGAAUGGCAUCAACAUUGGCGUCUUGUUCGUUCUUGAUUUCGAUGCUCGCAAUGGUUUGACUCAUACUGAGAAGCAAGUGUUGAGCUCCAUGGCGGCAAUGUCCAUGGAUUUUCUUCGUGUAAGUCGCCAGGCUUCCGAAGGGCGACGGGCUGCUCGUUUGUCUCGUGGCUUAAGUUGCUUCGUGGAAGGAAGUUCUAGUUUUGUGGACGGUCUUGGCUCUCCAGUCUCUGGAUCUCAGCAUUCAGGUACUAAUUCCGGAUCAGCUUGGUCGCUUGGCUCUGCCCGGUCAUCCACCUCUCCUCCAGCCGCUCGAAGUCCACUUGCCCGGUCUCGGGGUUCUAGAGGAUCUCAUGGGUCACGAGGAAGUAGCGUUGAUGUACGACCCAGUCGAUCACCAGGACCGUCCUCAUCUGAAGGAAAGGCUGACACUGGCACUUCGUCUGAUAUCACUACGCCCCUUCCAGAUUGGCUGAUUGCCGGGACGAAAAGCUCCAAAGCUCGCCUGGCUGAUGAAAUGCGCAGCAACCAUUGGACAUUUCGCCGUGCGGCAAACCUUAUCCGUGAAAGUUUGGAAUUAACCGGCGAUAGUGGUGUUAUCUUCCUAGAAAAUAGCAACAUGCCACUGGAUCUUGAUAAUGGUCGGGUGGACUAUUUUGAAGACACAGACACCCCUGCACCCGUUCUCGGAGUAUCGACCAAUGAUGAACCUUUUGCGCCUGUACCCGGAUCAACUGCUACCUGCGCGGCUGCAAAUUGCGACCGACGUUUUUUGCAAAAUGUUCUUCGCCGCUAUCCGAAGGGCAAGAUCUGGACUUUUCACCAUGACAGAUCCUUGUUCGCUUCUUCUGAUGACGACGAGAAGAGCCCGAACUCCCCCGUUUCGGCGGUUAAAACUCCCGACCCCCCUCCAGGCACCAACAAAAAAUGGCGGGCUUCUGAAGCGACCCAGUUAUCCAAGUACUUCCCUAAUGCAAGUCAGGUUGUCUUUGUGCCGCUGUGGAAUGCUGCUACAUCGCAAUGGUAUGCCGGUUGCUUUUGUUGGAACAGUAACGAAACCCAAGUUUUCAGUCCCUCUGUUGAACUUGCCUCUAUUAUGGGGUUUGGUUACUCUAUAAUGGCUGAAUUAAGUCGUUUAGAAUCCAUCAUUGCCGACCGCCAGAAGGGCGAUUUUAUCGGUAGUAUCUCACAUGAGUUGCGCAGUCCCCUGCAUGGCAUUCUCGCCGCCGCGGAGUUCAUGGAUGGUACAUAUAUGAACGAGUUCCAGGCAUCCUUGCUCGAGACAAUUAACGCGUGCGGACGGACGUUACUGGACACGAUGAAUCAGGUACUCGAUUUCAGUAAAAUUGUGUCGCUGGAGAAGAGUUGGCGACAAGUGAAAAAGGCCCGACGGGAUCCGAAAGAAGAUGUAGUGGAUAAUAUACAAGGAGUUGACAGCAUGGCAGCCCUGCUCGACACGCACAUAUGUGAAGACAUAUGUAUCUUAGUAGAAGAGGUAGUGGAGGGAGUUUGCUUGGGUCAUUUAUAUGGCCGUUCAGCGAGCGGCUCUACGGGCCGAUCACGCACAGCUUCAAUGCCAUCGGGUGCUGCAUCAAAUUCGCUAUCUACUCCAGAUAGUGAGUCCACAGGCGAAAUCCGUCCAGAGGUUGAAGUGAUUGUAGACAUUGAGGAAGGAGAUUGGGUUUACAAGACACAGCCGGGAGCUUUACGUCGUAUUAUUAUGAAUGUCUUUGGUAAUGCCAUGAAGUAUACCGAUAGUGGGCACAUCGUUGUUCGUUUGGAGGUUCUCAAGGGAGACAUAUCAUCUGCAAAGUCGAAGAUCCAAAAGGAAGCCGACGAGCUUGUUGUUCUAACUGUUUCAGAUACGGGCAAAGGUAUAUCGGAAGAUUUCCUACGAGCCCGUCUGUUCACACCGUUCGCCCAAGAAGAUACCCUGGCUGUCGGAACGGGUUUGGGUUUGUCAAUUGUGCGCAGUAUUGUUAAAUCGAUUGGUGGUCAUAUCGGGAUUCAAAGUCGAGCUGGAGAAGGAACAAGUGUCAAAGUUACUUUGCCUCUUACACGACCAAACUAUGAAGACGCCGUUUCUCCGCCUCUACGGCCUCAUCACUCGGUACCCAGUCAAGAUUUACGUGUGAUCCAAGAGCGGUUUGCAGACAAGACAGUUGCAAUACUUGGUCACGAUCCGCACUUUCUGUCUAACUUCGGCAUGACCUCAGUACUUGCCCGUUAUGUGACAAAAUGGUGUGGGCUCACACUCGUCCCAUGGCCUGCCUCUGACUCCGUGGAUCUUGUGCUGGCUAUAGACAAGGAUGUGAACGAGGAGUUGAAAGUUCGACAGAACAUCAAGGCGCGGGCUAUGGUGGUUGUUUGCAGUAACACAGUUGACUACGAUACUUACCGUUCUGCUUGGUCGAAGCUGACUAGUGCUGUUGAAUUUCUCUAUCGACCUUGUGGCCCCUACAAAUUGGCUCGCAGUCUUCUUCGAUGCUUCAGAGGGUCUGCGGGACUUCCGCCAUCCCAGCAUGCUAGCGUCCAGUAUUCUCGGUUAGUCGAUCGCACGCGCCUGACAAUAUCGGAAGCGAAUGUCGAUAAUACAGGACACAACGUACAGCAAGACAAGAACUCAAAACCCCUCCUUGCACAGAUACGGUCUGGCAGUGAGUCGCAGAUCGGAUUCCCACCGCCAGACGUGCUCUCGCCAACGGGUGAAGAACCCCACAAAAUUCAAGAUGAAGGAAUCGCUGGCCGGCGAUCGGCACCUACCGUUCCCACUCUUAGUCACGAAAAGGGAGACACUGCGGUGUCACUCUCGGAAGUACAGGAAAUAUCUCUUUCGCCUGCGGUUCCAGUCAAUGUUUUAGUUGUCGACGAUAAUCAUAUCAACCUUCGGCUUUUGUUGACGUUCCUCAGCAGGAGGAACAUUGCCAAUCUUGACUCGGCUGAGAAUGGAAAGAUGGCGGUAGAAGCAGUUGAGAAGCGCUCGGAGGGGUACGACAUAAUAUUUAUGGACAUCUCUAUGCCAGUCAUGAAUGGCUUUGAAGCAACUCGAGCAAUUCGUUCUCUGGAGAACGAGCGAGAUGAACGACGACCAGCCACAAUUAUUGCUUUGACUGGUCUCAGCAGUGCGCGUGAUGAAACAGAAGCUAUGACAUCUGGCGUCGAUCUGUUCCUGACCAAACCAGUUUCACUGAAGGAGGUGUCACGAUUAUUGGACGAAUGGCAGCCCAAACAACAAUCCGACUCUUGA